AUGCCGUCUUCUAUCCAUGAUAACAAUUCUAUUUUACAACAAGGUGAGAACCACAACAAGUCAAGUAAUCCUUCAAUUGAAAAUAGCCUAAGUGUUUUUCACACUCCUCGUUCUGAUUUUAAUCAAUAUACCAGCAGUAGUAAUGAUACACCAGACUCCUAUGUCAAGCAAGUACCAGUAGAUAUACCAGACCCAGAAGACGAAGAAGAAGAAGAAGAAGAAGACGAAGAAGUGGAAGCAGAGAAAGGCCACAGUUUGUUUUCCCUAAGAAGCAAACUUACAGGUAAAAAAAAAAAAAAGAAAAAGAAAAAGAAAAAGAAGCACGUUACUACUACCAAUAAUAUCCAAACACCUGUAACAAAAAACAAAAAACAAAAAAAAAGACAAAAUACACCUCCUGCUAGCAUGGUUGUCAAUAACAACUCUAUUUUUCUGGAACCGGAUCAUUAUAUAUAUGACAUAUUUUUACCAUUAACAACAUAUCACGAUGUGACGCUUCAACUUCACGGUGAUAAGCAGCUGUAUCUAGAUUUCCUAAAGGGGAAAAAAUUAUUUCUUAAAAAAUAUUUAUUUAAUAUUGUAGUUUGUUUUGGUGCUGCUUUUGGCGGAAUGUUCCAUGGAUACGAUAAGGGCAUAACAAACGGUAUUAUAGCAUUGCCUAACUGGCGAACAGACAACCAAAUAACUUCCUCUCACAUAUUGAUUGGUCUUGUUGUAUGUGGUUUCCAGAUCGGUAAUUUAAUCGGAAGUACAUUCACUGAUACUGUUGGUUUUAAAUAUAUCAUACCAUAUUGUAAAUCAAAGUAUUCUACCAAUGGUAGUAGAAAUGGGUAUGCUGUACUAAUGUUUAUUGGUGUUUGGAUGACUUUUAUUGGUGCUGCAGUUUGUAUGAGUAGCACUCAUUGGUGGAGGUUUUUCAUUGGUAGAAUUUUUUGUGGUAUUACAGUUGGUAUAAAUAAUGUUAUAAUUCCAUUGUAUUUAAAAAAAUUGUCGCCUACAAAGGGCCUAAAUUCAUUUUUCCUUAAUAUGUACCAUUUAAACAAUAUCAAUGGCGUACUAACAGGUAAUAUUGUCAUGUACUGCUGCCAUAAGUUUUAUCAGGACCAUAGGACAUGGGUGUUGCCCCCAAUUGGUGGAUAUAUAUAUGGUGUUGUUGUUUUAGCUGCUUUGGCCCUGACUCCAGUUGCUGAAAAAGUUCAUUUUCGUGUAGAAGAAAAAUAUGGGGAGAAAAUAAACACGGAAUCUCUACAAAAGGAACUAGAAAAUGAAAGAGCACAGCAGUCGGAUCUCGCUGACGAUUUCACUGGAGUUGUGGUACAUGACAGUAAUAGCUCUCAUAGUAAUACUACAAGCAGUACGUUCAAUACCGACCUUUUAAAUGAAAAACCAAUAGAAUUACCACCACCAAAUUCAUAUGAUCACGAAGACGUGGUAUCAAGCGAUAUGGUUACAGAUUUUCGAAAAGAUCUAGAGGAGAAUUAUCAAAAACGUAAGGGCAGAUUCAAUGUUAUCCAUCCAGUAAUUUUAACAAUUUUCUAUACACUAUGUGGCUCUCAAUAUCUAUUGUAUUAUAGCACUUGGCUAUUUGAAAAUAUUGCCAUCACUAAUUCAUAUAGAACGGCAAUAAUUUUCGGUGUAGUCUAUGUAGUGGGCAAUUAUCUAUCCACCGUGUUCCCAUUUAAAAAUAAAAAAUGGUUUUACGAUGACUCUACAUGCGGUAUGUUUGUUAAUUGCAUUUGUAUGCUAGUAUAUUCAAGUGUAGGCUAUAAAAUGAUUACGCAUCCAUCAAACAAACAUUCGCCAUCUUAUAAAGUUGGUGGAAAUGUAAUGUUGGCGUUUAGCACUUUGUUGAUGUAUAACACAGGAUUCAACUUAUGUAUGUCCAUUCCGUAUACAGUGGCUGAUGUAUCACCAUACAACAAUGUCAAUACUCAAAGAAUAUGCCAGUAUGUAGAAUGGAUAAUGACUUUGUUUAUUACUCUAUGUACUCCUAUUAUUCAUGAACAUAUUGAUUAUGCAUUUGGUUAUGUUUUUGCUGGCUGUUGCUUUGUUUGUACUUUUUGCAUAUUAUUAUUAAGGUUUUUUUAA